UAAAAAUGGACGAUUCACAGUUAGAUUUGGGAGCUUUAGAAGACAUUGAUCCAAGUUUAGAAGGAGGUUUUAAAAUACAAUUUGAUAGAGAAAUUCACAUAGAAACAAGGUAGAUUUGAAUCAAUAAUUACAUAAAUAGGGUUCAAGAUGCAAAUACAGGACCACAAGAAAUUGGUACAUUAGAAUAGGUUAGAGUGAAAAUUUUAGUUUAAGUUUAUUUUAUUGUUAUUAAAUAUAGGGGGAAUAAUAAGCAUUUGAGAAUUUGAAAAUUGAAUUGACUAGCGAAACAGAUUUGUUUUUCAAUUACAUUACAAUGUAUUAUUUAAAUUGAAGAUAGAAUAAAUAAAGAGACUUAUAAAAGCAUAAGAGAAGAAUAAAAAUUAACUAUCGAAUAUCCACAAUUUUUAUAAAUGUUGAUCAAGCUGUUAAAUGCAUGUCAUAAAGAGCCUAAUCAGUAAACAUUUAAAUUGAUUCAGUUUCUUUUGCGUAUUAUUCAUGCAAUAGGAUGGGGCAGGAAGACUCGAUUUUAUUGAAAAUUUAGAAUACAAAUUUAUGGAAAUGUUGUCCUUAGAAUUUAGUUCUGCUUCUGAAGAGGCUAUUAGAUAGAAUGUUUCAUUUAGAUAUAAUUUAAUGAAAGCAAAGUUGCAAUUCGUUUAGAAUAGGUAUUUAAAAAUGUAAAUGCUUUAGAUUGAAUGACAUAGCAUCUUUGAUAAAAUUGAAGAAUCCUUCACUGUUAGUAUAAAUCAAUAAAGCAUCAGCAGGUGUCAGUUAAAAUUAAAGUACUUAAAAUGCCAGCAAAUACUUGGGAUAAUCAAAAAAGACCAAUACAUCAAAAUUUGUUUGA